AUGUGGCAGCCCGCCCUCCGUUUCCCCGGCGCCGCUCCCUCAUACCACCCUUCCCCCCCCCCCCCGCACCCCGACCCGCCGCAACCCUUCACGCAAGCGCCCCACACGCCCCCACCCCGACUCUCUCCAACAUGGCCGCCGCUGUCGCCCAAUUCAACUGCCCCAAGUGGGCCGACUGUGGCUGCGCGGCCACCGGAACGUGCAAUUGCGGCGAGACGUGCAGCUGCGGCUCGCUGCCUACGGAGGCCGUCAGGAAGGCCAUGGAGGAGGACUGUCCCAAGGCCCGGUGCACGUGCGGCGACACCUGCAUGUGCAAGAAGGGCGAGUGCAACGCGUGCGGCCCGAACGAUAAGACACGCGCCGAGUGGAUCGAGCACGCCAGGGCCAAGAUAGAGGCCGCCAAGUGAGCGGCGCGUGGUGCGCGGGGUGCUUUCCGCGCUGAGGUAGUGCGUCGCCUCUCUGCGCCAGCGCAGACGGGCUGUAACGGUGCGUGUUUCGCCUGACGCAGCGAGAGAGGGACCUCUUCGUAAAAAUGCUUGUGCCGUUUCGCGGACUCGGAUCUUGCGCGAUGCAAAAAA